AAGACUGUAAGCAAACGAGGGAUAGGAAGAUGGCAUCCACCGACCAUCCUGAUCCACCAACACAGCCUGGACUUCCACCUGGGGAUGAUGCAGCGGCUCCCCCCAGAGAGUCACUGAUUACCACUGCUGUAAAAUUUCUACAGAACCCAAAAGUACGUCAGAGUCCCUUGGCCACUAGAAAAGCCUUCUUGAAGAAAAAAGGUCUGACAGAUGAGGAGGUAGAGUUGGCCAUCCAGCGCUCCGGCAGCACAGAAGAAGUUCUGCCUCUGAGCCCCUUAGGGGCCCCUCAUCCACUCCAUGCAGCUCAACUGGCUACUGUACCACACAGUCCAGCAGGCUACAGAUGGAGAGACUAUGGUGCCCUCACUAUUAUUAUGGUGGGCAUCGCCUUCGGUUUUCAUCAGCUUUAUAAGAAAUACAUCCUUCCCCUCAUUAUGGGCAGCCGAGAGGACAAGAAGCAUCUGCAGAGGAUGGAGAGCAACAUUGCGGCAAUGAGUGGCACGCUGACACAGACAGUCAGCCAACUGCAGCAGACCCUGGUUUCCCUCCAGGAGCUCCUGAUCCAACAGCAGCAGAGAAUCCAGGAGCUCUCUCAGGAACUGGCUGCAACAGAGUCAUCAUCUGCAACCAACCGCAUCCUGGACAACCAAACAGUUGGAGAGCUGAAAACUGAGAUCGUCUCUUUGAAGGGCUUACUGCUCAGCAGGAAACAAUUCCCUUCCACUCCCGCCAUUCCUAAGAUCCCCUCAUGGCAGAUUCCCCUGAAACCAGCUUCGGCAUCCGGCUCGCAAUCCACCAACCAUACCAACAGCAGCAGCGACAUCUCUCCUGUCAGUAACGAGUCUGCCAGCUCCUCCCCUGUCAAAGAUGGACUCCACAGCCCCCAGGAUGCACUGGGGGGGCCUGAUGGAGCCCUCAGUAUCAACGGUGAUACCGGCACUGUUGGCCUCGGGGCAACACUACCCCUGGACCUGAAAGACCAGGUCCGUAUGGAGGUGCAGGGGGAGGAGGAGAAGAAGGAGGAAGAGGAGGAUGAUGUCAGCCAUGUAGAUGAGGAGGAGGAGGAUGGUCUAAGCAUACAGACAGAGGACCGGCGAGGUGGGGACGGACAGAUUAACGAACAGGUGGACAAACUGAGGCGGCCCGAGGGUGCCAGCAAUGAGAGCGAGGUGGAUUAGACCUUUAGCAGAACACACAAAAACAAUCUCCAAACACUUCCUCACAUGUUGACGGUUUUAUUUACAUUCUGCUCCUCUGCCGACACUCAUACUGUUAGGUUUUUUUUUGUUUUGUUUUUUUCAAAUCCACUUCUGUUUCCGCUUGUGUCUGUCAUAUCUUAAUCUUGAGCAAAAUGAGGAGUAGGCGUGAGCGUGAGAAGACCCAAAACUGACAAAUAUUUGAAUGUCUAGUCGACACACGGCUUACCUCGAUUUACUUUUCAUCAUGCAAACUAAAUGACUGCGUGCCAAGCUGAGCACCAUGUUGUGACGUUUCUUUGAAAUGGGAAAUGACGAGCAAUAGUCAAAUCAGAAUGAAAAGGCAGUAUGCAGUAACAACCGUGUGUGACUUACCGCUUUUAAUUUUCAUGAUUCGAUCAGAUAAUUCACAGCUUAGCCUUGGUGUCUUGUAAUUGUACUAAUGCUCUUAUACAGACCAAAGAGGCAGCGCUGCACAGAAUAUCUCUCCUUUAUAGUGCAGCUGUAGGUCAGGAGUCAUAUGUUGCUUCUUCAAUCUCAAAGUUACCGUGUGGUUCCAGAGAAGCAUUAGCAGAGUUUGUCUCCCAGUUGAUGGCAAUAGGAGAGGACAAGCUCUUCCAGGGCUCGAGCUUUUAGCCUCUUUUAUGUGUCCUUUCGCAUUGGUGUCAGUCUGUCAAUAAUUCACAAGGCCAGCAGGGUGGCAUUUGGGUGAAAUAAAAGCCCUGAAAUUCGAGAUUAGAAUGUGAUGACGGGCUUUGUUCCAUGCCGGUGUCAGAGUGCUCAUACGCUCAAAGGAGUGGAAGAUAAAUGUUUUUCCCCCGCUUUCCUCUUUCACUGAGGGCUGAAUUUGUGCAUCUUUGCGAGUGUGUUUGUGCGUGGCAGGCGAGAAAACCCAGACUGUCUGCUGUGCUGUAUCUGUGUCUCCAGCAGGGCAGCUGAUUUGGUUUGUGAAGUAUGUUAAUAAUCAAAUGAUCAACAAAUAACAGAUGUAUUAGUUCAUGCAGCUUGAAAUGUCAAGGAGGCUAAAAGCGGAAAUCUAAUACAGAAAGCCCAGUUGCAUUGUAUUAUUUUCCGUGACAAACCCUCCGGUCCAAAUUAUGUAGGGCCUCCCACAGUGAGUAAUCUUUACAGAAAACGGCGCCAAUAUUUUGUAAUUAGGCUACAGUAAGACAACAACGGCUGCCACAGAUGGAAGUUGCAGAACUUGUAUCACUUUUUUUUUUCUCAGUGUGGAGGUGGAUGGGGGAAGUUUUAAAGAAUUGCCCCAUGAUUGAAAAGGAAAGUAAUAAAUGAAUACUUGACUUAUUGAAUUACUCACUCUGUCUCCAGCUAACAAGAAGAGUCCAUGAGUGAGAAGAAGGGAUAUCAGCUCUCGUGCCAUUUCCACCUCCUUCACAUGGCCUUCAUAGGAAUACAGAAAAGGUAGAGGGGCACCGGACAUUUCUGUGUGACACCAGUCCUAACCAAACCGACUGUUUAGUUAUGUUGAUUUUGUUUAUGAUAAAAGUAUCAAAUGAUGAGACAUCAAUAAUGCAGUAUGUAAAUUAUAUUUUUGAUCUGUUAGAAAUGAAUUUGUAAGGAUGAAUAAGGUUGGUUAAAAUAAUCAGAAGGUGUACUUUUUGAUUUUUAGCCACUGUAGACUCAUUCCUUGCUGUAACCUGCUGAAUUAUUGUCUGAAGUUAUGAUCGCAGUUAGAAAUGUACACAAUUGUAAUAAAUUUGGUUUAUCUCAAGGAGAAUCUCCAUUAUAUUUAUUUUAAACCAGCUGCACACAAAAUACACACCAGGAUAAAUUGAGUGUUUCUGAGAUUUGUUUUUGGCUCAUUCCCUGCAUUCAGUUACAGCUUUACAUCAGAGUACAAUUUGAACCACACACAGCUAAAUACUUGACUUCCAGCAAAGGAAAGAGUUGUGAUUUUUAAAUCUUAAUGCAGUAAAAUGUAACUUAUUUGUGUUCCCAUCCAUUUCAUUAACAUUAAAAGGAGGAAAAAUGUACAAUAACAAUAAA